AUGACAGGAAGUAAUGGGUAUGAAAGGGUGGCAAAUGACUCUGGAGGUGAUAAUAUCACUGGUUCUUCAGUAUCGAUGCCAUUUUUACCUCCUAGUUAUGAUGAAGCAUACGAUGGGUCCGAAGAUACCCGCGUAGGCAAUGCUAAUGAAAUGGAACAAUUUGAAAUAGAUGAUUUUGACGUUGAAGGUGUACAAAGAGAUGGGUUUUUAACUAGAGCUUCAUUGAUAACGAAGAAAUUAGCUAUGGGAGUAAGUAAUUCCUACAAUAAAGUGACAAAAAUGAUUGAUCCCAUUUAUGAAGGAUUACUGUUCUUAAACAUGCAAUAUGAAAAGGUUAUCUUGAAAGUAGGUAAUCCUUUGGUGGUCAAGAGACUUUUAUAUGUGUUUUUCAUGGUUUUCAUAGUAUUCUUGGUAUCCCAUUAUACCAUAAACGAAGGAGUUAAUGGAACGAGUGGCGGAGCAUUUUCUAGUGGGAAAUUUUAUGAUAUCGAUAUAUUAUCAUCGAUCAUUGAAGAUCAUAUCGAUAUGAGCAAUAUGCAAAAUCAUUUGGAAUAUUUCAGUUCCAUGCCCCAUUUAGCUGGUACUUCGGGGGAUUUGGCUUUAGCUAAAUAUAUUGAGACAUACAUGAAGAAUAAUGGAGUUCAAACCAUUGAAAAUUUUGAAUUGAAAAGUUAUACCAACUAUCCUCGAUCCAAAUCAUUCGUUAAGUUAUCUGAUGAUUCAUUCGAAGCCAAGUUACAUGAAGGUGAUGAGAAAUCUAUUGAAUAUUUAUCUCAUAAUCCAAAUUCUUUGAAAACUGAUCAACCAAUUGAAGGAAAAAUGGUGUUUGUUAACUUUGGUACUGAAGAUGAUUUCCAGAAAUUACAAGAGGGAAAUAUUGAUGUUAAAGAUUGUAUCUUGUUGAUGAGAUAUGGUGGAGGAAUCAUCGAAUCCAAUAAAGUGUUAAUGGCUCAAGAUAAAGGGGCAAAAGCAGUAAUUUUCAUCUCCAGAAAGAUUUCAAUAGGUAAAGAUGAUAGUGUUGCUGAAUAUGAUGAUGUUAUUCAAAGAGAAAAUGUCGGAUUAUCAAGAUAUAGUCUGGGAGAUAUUUUAACACCAGGAUGGUCAAGUGAUGAAGGUUAUGGUAGUAAAUUAUUAUGGAUGAAAUCUAAAACCACUCCUAAGAUCCCUACUAUUCCAAUUUCUUUCAAAGAUGGAGAAACUUUGAUCAAAAUCUUCAAUGGUAAAGGAAUCAAAUUCCAAGAAGAUUCAUUUUCUGGUCCUACUGAUGACGAUUCUAAGAAACUAAAAAUCCAUGUAUCCAAUUCUGAGAGAGAUACUCAUGCUCUUUGGAAUGUUAUUGGAACUAUUCAAGGUAGAGAACAACAUGAUAAAUCCAUUAUUAUUGGGGCUGCAAGAGAUGCUUCAUGUUUUGGUACUGUUGGAAGUAAUACCGGGUCAGUUGUUUUAUUAGAAAUGAUCAAAAUCUUCACUACCAUGCAAAGAAAAUACAAUUGGACACCUUCCAGAACUAUUAAAUUUAUUUCUUUUGAUGGUACGAAUUAUAAUUUGGCUGGGUCCACUGAAUGGGUUGAAGAAAACAAGAGGAUUUUAAGAUCUCAAGCUUAUACAUAUAUAGAUCUUAGUGAUGCUGUCUCGGGUGAUAACUUAUCAAUCAAAGCCAACCCUUUCUUACAUCAAAUCAUCAAGGAUUGUCUUAAGAAUGUAGGAAGUAAAUCCAUUCAAAGUAAAAGGAAUUCAAAAAUUCAACAUAAAGAUAAAACCAUUAAUUUAUACGAACUUUAUAAAUUACAAAACCAAGGUCUGGAUGCUAUUUCCAAUGAUCUUAUUGAAGAAAGGAAUUAUAUACCUUUUAUCAAUAUCUUGAAUGUUCCAUCGAUGGAAAUUAAAUUCAAAGGAACUAAAUAUGCUCGUCAUUCAUGUUAUGAUAACUAUGAUAAUUUCGAUAAAGCUAAGAUUGAUCCUUCUAUGAAGAAACAUGGUCAGUUAGUAGAAUUGUUGAGUAACAUAGUAUUAAAUGUAGCUGAACAAGCAGUUAUACCCUUCAAAUUCACUCAAUUCGUUGAUAGAUUAUUUGAAUAUCAAGUCAAUUUGGCUAAAUAUAUUGAUGAACAAAUCAAAAAAGAUACCCAUCCGUCCAAACCUCAAGUUCAUUACGAUAAAUUGAUCAAAGCAUUGAAUGUAUUGAAAGAAGGAGCUACUGACUUUGAUAAUUGGGUUCAUAGUUGGAAUGAAUUCAUCGUUCAAUCAGCUGAUAUUGAACCCUCAUUAUUGGCUAUGAAAAGAUGGAAAUGGAAUGAUUGUUUGGUAGAAUUCAAUCAACAUUUCAUAAGCAAAGACAUCCAACAAGCUAGACCAGGAUAUUUGAACAUGUUGUUCGGUACCUCAUUCAAUGCCCCGGUAAAAUCUCAAGAUGAAUGGAAUUGGAACACUUUCCCAUUGAUCAGAGAUUUUGUUGAUAAGGGAGAUUUUGGUAGAGCUCAGUUUCACAUUGAUGAAUUAGCGGGUAUUAUUGAAUAUUCAGCACGAGAAUUCACUGCAUAUUAG